CUCGUUCCCGCGCCCCGGCCCCGCCGCCCGCGCCGGGGCGGUCGCCCGCAGAGGAAGGCGCUGCAGUCUCUUCUGGCCUCGCCGCCCCGUUCGAGCUUCCUCAGCACCGAGGGGCUCGCGGGUCCUGAGGAGGGAGGAGGAGAAGCCCGGGCUGGGCACUGAGCUCUUAGGCGCUCCCCACUCCCCGUUUUCGGAGCCCUCCACGCUGCGGCCGCUGCCCCCCUCCGGACCAUGGCCGACGACGACGUGCUGUUCGAGGACGUGUACGAGCUGUGCGAGGUGAUCGGCAAGGGUCCCUUCAGUGUUGUACGGCGAUGUAUCAACAGAGAAACUGGGCAGCAAUUUGCUGUAAAAAUUGUUGAUGUAGCCAAGUUCACAUCAAGUCCAGGGUUAAGUACAGAAGAUCUAAAGCGAGAAGCCAGUAUCUGUCAUAUGCUGAAACAUCCACACAUUGUAGAGUUAUUGGAGACAUAUAGCUCAGAUGGAAUGCUUUACAUGGUUUUUGAAUUUAUGGAUGGAGCGGAUCUGUGUUUUGAAAUUGUGAAGCGAGCUGAUGCUGGUUUUGUGUACAGUGAAGCUGUAGCCAGCCAUUACAUGAGACAGAUCCUGGAAGCUCUGCGCUACUGUCAUGAUAACAACAUCAUUCACCGGGAUGUGAAACCCCACUGUGUUCUUCUUGCCUCAAAAGAAAACUCAGCACCUGUUAAACUCGGGGGCUUUGGGGUGGCUAUUCAAUUAGGAGAGUCUGGACUUGUAGCUGGAGGGCGCGUUGGAACACCUCAUUUUAUGGCCCCGGAAGUGGUUAAAAGAGAGCCUUAUGGAAAGCCUGUGGAUGUCUGGGGCUGUGGCGUGAUCCUCUUCAUCCUGCUCAGUGGUUGCUUGCCUUUCUACGGAACCAAGGAAAGAUUGUUUGAAGGCAUCAUCAAGGGAAAAUACAAGAUGAAUCCGAGGCAGUGGAGCCAUAUCUCUGAAAGUGCCAAAGAUCUUGUACGCCGCAUGCUGAUGCUGGACCCAGCUGAAAGGAUCACUGUUUAUGAAGCGCUGAAUCACCCCUGGCUGAAGGAGCGGGAUCGUUAUGCCUACAAGAUUCAUCUGCCGGAAACAGUAGAGCAACUGAGGAAAUUCAAUGCAAGGAGGAAACUGAAGGGUGCAGUACUAGCCGCUGUUUCAAGUCACAAAUUCAACUCAUUCUAUGGGGAUCCCCCUGAAGAGUUGCCAGAUUUCUCCGAAGACCCUACCUCCUCAGGACUUCUAGCAGCAGAAAGAGCAGUCUCACAGGUGCUGGACAGCCUGGAAGAGAUUCACGCACUCACAGACUGCAGUGAAAAGGACCUAGAUUUUCUACACAGUGUUUUCCAGGAUCAGCAUCUUCACACACUACUAGAUCUGUAUGACAAGAUUAACACAAAGUCAUCGCCACAGAUCAGAAAUCCCCCCAGCGAUGCGGUACAGAGAGCCAAAGAGGUAUUGGAAGAAAUUUCAUGUUACCCUGAGAAUAAUGACGCAAAGGAGCUAAAGCGUAUUUUAACACAACCUCAUUUCAUGGCCUUACUUCAGACUCACGACGUAGUAGCCCAUGAAGUUUACAGUGAUGAAGCAUUGAGGGUCACUCCUCCUCCCACUUCGCCCUAUUUAAAUGGCGACUCUCCAGAAAGCGCUAAUGGAGACAUGGACAUGGAGAAUGUGACCAGAGUCAGGCUGGUGCAAUUCCAAAAGAAUACGGAUGAACCCAUGGGAAUCACUUUAAAAAUGAAUGAACUGAAUCAUUGUAUUGUUGCAAGAAUUAUGCAUGGGGGCAUGAUUCACAGGCAAGGCACACUUCAUGUUGGUGAUGAAAUUCGAGAAAUCAAUGGCAUCAGUGUGGCUAACCAAACAGUGGAACAGCUGCAAAAAAUGCUUAGGGAAAUGCGGGGGAGUAUUACCUUCAAGAUCGUGCCAAGUUACCGCACUCAGUCUUCAUCCUGUGAGAGAGAUUCCCCCUCCACUUCCAGACAGUCCCCAGCUAAUGGUCAUAGCAGCACUAACAAUUCUGUUUCGGACUUGCCAUCAACUACCCAACCAAAAGGACGACAGAUCUAUGUAAGAGCACAAUUUGAAUAUGAUCCAGCCAAGGAUGACCUCAUCCCCUGCAAAGAAGCUGGCAUUCGAUUCAGAGUUGGUGACAUCAUCCAGAUUAUUAGUAAGGAUGAUCACAAUUGGUGGCAGGGUAAACUGGAAAACUCCAAAAAUGGAACUGCAGGUCUCAUUCCUUCCCCUGAACUCCAGGAAUGGCGAGUAGCUUGCAUUGCCAUGGAGAAGACCAAACAGGAACAGCAGGCCAGCUGUACUUGGUUUGGAAAGAAAAAGAAGCAGUACAAGGAUAAAUAUUUGGCAAAGCACAAUGCAGUGUUUGAUCAAUUAGAUCUUGUCACAUAUGAAGAAGUAGUAAAACUGCCAGCAUUCAAAAGGAAAACACUUGUCUUACUAGGUGCACAUGGUGUUGGGAGAAGACACAUAAAAAACACCCUCAUCACGAAGCACCCAGACCGGUUUGCGUACCCUAUUCCACAUACAACCAGACCUCCAAAGAAAGAUGAAGAAAAUGGAAAGAAUUACUACUUUGUGUCCCAUGACCAAAUGAUGCAAGACAUCUCUAAUAAUGAGUACUUGGAGUAUGGCAGCCAUGAGGAUGCAAUGUAUGGGACAAAACUGGAGACCAUCCGAAAAAUCCAUGAGCAGGGGCUGAUUGCAAUACUGGAUGUGGAGCCUCAGGCACUGAAGGUCCUGAGAACCGCGGAAUUCGCUCCUUUUGUUGUUUUUAUUGCCGCACCUACUAUCACUCCAGGUUUAAAUGAGGAUGAAUCUCUUCAGCGUCUGCAGAAGGAGUCUGACAUCUUGCAGAGAACAUAUGCACACUACUUCGAUCUCACCAUUAUCAACAAUGAAAUCGAUGAGACAAUCAGACAUCUGGAGGAAGCCGUGGAGCUCGUGUGCACAGCCCCGCAGUGGGUCCCUGUCUCCUGGGUCUAUUAGGCCUCUCCCCAGAUAGCUGAGCAUAACUGGGAGCCACCUCAUACAUGGAAAAGCCUCUUUGUUAUCGGCCUCAUGGCAGCAGGUCGUGGUCCCUAGAGACUACCUAGUUGUAGUGUGACCUACAUUUAUAAUUAUUGUCAUGUCCGAAUAGGUAGGAGGAGGAAAAAAAAAAAAAACAAUUACACACUAAUUUAAAGAGACAGUAUCUUUUUUAAUCAGUUCUCCUAAACUUUAAUAAAAUGUAUCUUUAAAUGUAUGUAUUAUUCAAUCCUUUGGAAUGUUAUAUUUUUGGAAAUCAUAGCUUUUUAUUUCCAAGGCCCCUAAAAACUGCACAAAAAAAUAGAUGCUGCUUUCUAUAAUCUAUUUUAAUAAUAAUAAACAAUGAUUCUGUUACCUUGACUGGGGGUGGAACACUACAUUCUUUUUAGAGUCUGAUUUUAUGAAUUGGAUAUCUUUCUUUCCUUUAUUUAUUUGAAAUAAUUAGUGAUUACAAAACUGUCAUCAAUUUUUAAAGGCCUUUUUUUCCUCUCUCUCGCUCGCUCUCUCUUUCUCUCUCUCUUUUUUUUAGAAUAGUAUUUUUUUUAAGUCCUUUAUGUAACAUCCAGAUAAUGUGAUACUGUCUCUUUGAAGCACCCUGUAAACCUUUUAGAGAUUUGAAGUUGGGUCUUGACUCUUAAUGCAUGUGGACAGUCGCGAGCGUCUGUGCUGUCGGUGUGUCUGUGCUGGACAGAGCAAUCUGUAAUCUACAGCAAAGUACAUUCCGUUCACGGGGCACACCAGGGGAAUAAGAAUAAACUGCUAUUAUGACUAAGUUGUAAACCUAUGCACAUCCCUUGCAUUUCGGGCAACUUUAUAAAAAAAAAAAAAGAAACUGAUUUUUAUUAAUAAUAAUCAUGUAGUGAAAUGUGUUUGUAAUUUUGUCUCAAUUUAAUUUGUUGUAAGGUGGGAGGGGGAAUUGCUGGUUUCACCAUUUCAGAUCUGUGUUGUCUAAGAGUAUUAACGUUUUAAUUAAGCAAAGAAAUGAGGAUUUUUACUCUGUAUGUAAUUGUUUUAAAGCACCCAUUUUAAGAGAAAAUACUGUGCAAUGAAGAAAACAGUUUAGGCAUUUGCUAUAAACUGAAUUAUUCCAAAAGGAUAAUCCAUAACAGCCCUGUAAAUUCCUUUAAAAUGAUCACUAACGGGACAGUCUGACCAAUUUUUUAAAAAAUAUACUUCCUUUUAUGUGUUCAAU